GAGCCCUGCUCCCGGCACUGACGGUGCUUGUGCCCCCCAGAGCAUGGCGGGCACGCUGCCCCCCCACAUCGACCUCCGGGAGCCGCGAUGGGACCAGAGCACCUUCGCCGGGCGCGCCCGCCACUUCUUCAUGGUCACCGACCCCCGCAACCUGCUGCUGUCGGGCGCCGCGCUGGAGCAAGCCCGCCGGCUGGUCCAGGAUUACAGGGCUGGGAAGGUGCCCGCGGGCGUGACUGAGGACCAGCUGUGGCGGGCGAAGUACAUCUACGACUCGGCUUUCCACCCCGACACGGGCGAGAAGAUGGUGCUGGUCGGGCGCAUGUCGGCGCAGGUGCCCAUGAACAUGACCAUCACGGGCUGCAUGCUCACCUUCUACAGGACCACGCCGGCGGUGCUCUUCUGGCAGUGGGUGAACCAGUCGUUCAAUGCCGUCGUGAACUACACCAACCGCAGUGGCGAUGCCCCCAUCACCACCGGGCAGCUGGGCACGGCCUACGUGAGUGCCACCACGGGCGCGGUGGUGACAGCGCUGGGACUCAAGUCUCUCACCAAGCACUUGCCAUCCAUCAUAGGCCGCUUUGUGCCCUUUGCAGCCGUGGCUGCCGCGAACUGCAUCAACAUCCCCUUGAUGAGGCAGAGGGAGCUCAAGCUGGGGAUCCCCAUCCUAGAUAAAGACGGGAACCGGCUGGGGGAGUCGCGGGCAGCUGCCCGCCAGGCAAUCGCCCAGGUGGUUGUGUCCCGAAUUGGCAUGGCUGCCCCUGCCAUGGCCAUCCCCCCGGUGAUCAUGAAUGCGCUGGAGAAGAGAGCCUUCCUCAAGCGUUACCCCUGGAUGAACGCGCCCCUGCAAGUGGGGCUGGUGGGGCUCUGCUUGGUCUUCGCAACGCCGCUGUGCUGCGCCCUCUUCCCACAGAAAAGCUCGAUGCGCGUGAGCCGCUUGGAGCCCGAGGUGCAGGCGCGGGUGCGGGAGAAGAGCCCCCGCACGGAGAUCGUGUACUUCAACAAGGGCCUGUGACCCUGUGCCCGGCUUGAGAGGACCCAGGCAUCCGGGGCCCGGUGUGCCAGACCCCUCCCGCCAUCACCCUGCUUCCUCCUUGGCUCUUCUGUGCUGGUUGCUCCCGUGUGUGCAGCGGCGGGGUGGGUGGGCUGGGGGCUCUCGGGGUCAGGGGGCUGUAGCUGGCCUGGCUGGACCACAUCUAGGGGUGCCCCCCUUGCCCCACUCGGGCCAGGGCAUCCUCCCAAACCUGGAUCCUGGCUGGGCCCUGUCCCCGCAGCCCUGGGGGCUUCUGGCUCAGACCCCCUGGGCCAUAACAUCCACUCAGCUCUGCAGGGUGAGAGGUUGCAGGAGCUGGCCCAUGCCACCCUGAGCCCCUCCUGGCCCGCUAAGCCAGUGCCAGCUGCUGCGGGUUUUUCCAGGUCAGCAACUAAUCCCCGGCUCCACCCCAGAGCAAGUCGCAUCCUUUAAUCUCAGGACGGCGGCCUGGGAUCUCGGGGGCUUUUCAGGUUGCCCGUGCUCAGAUAAACCGGAUGCUGGGGUCCCCGUGCAUCUGGAUCUCAGUGCAGUGGCGGGGGUGGUUACACAAUUUCAGCCAGAAACGGGUCAUUUCAAACCCCCCACCCCUGACCGCAGGGAGCGUUCCCCGCUUGGGGGCCGAGCGCAACACCGUGCCUCGGUUUCCCCUCUGCGGGAAGGACGGGGUGCCCCUCCCUGCCUUGCUCAUGUGCUUGGGAUCUCGACAUGCCAAAGCCUCUUUCCCGGCCAGGCCCUGGCUCAGCCGGAGCGGAAACUCGCACCGAACCAGGGGAAAUACCAGGUUAUUAUGGGGUGGCUACCAAGGCGAUGAGACAUUCAUUUCCCCUUUGUCAGAGGUUUGCAGGGAUUUUACUCCCCCCAGCUGGAGCCCAGCGCCUUGUUUAUCGUCGGCCCUACAGGAAUGGGGCGGGCACGGUCUGCUCACACGUGUGCGCCUGGCGUGGCGACCCGCCCCCCCGUCCGCCCCCUCCACUGCCAGAUCUCCGCUCCCUGUCACUCCAAGACUGCAAAGCUUUAAUACUCCUUGUGCAACGAGGCAUCUGCCCACUGCCCGGGGCCGCUGUGACUGCCGGGCCUGGCCCCGGCUCGUCAGAGGCUGGCGCCGGGAGCCCAUGCCGGCUCCCACGUAGCUUUAACCGGGGCAGUCCUGACCCAAUAAAGAGUCUAUUUUGCAUC